AUGAAAUUUUUCAACACUGCGCUCCUUUUGUUAAAUGCUGGUACUCCGAUAAAAGCAGUUUCAGGCGGUCAACCUGCUAAUACAACGCAAGUAAUGCCGUUAAAUCAUACUUCAACAAUGGAGCAGCCUGAUAGUCUACCCACUGGUGGCUACUCUCCUAUUGGACCAGGUCCAGUACCAGUUGGCAUUGACGAGGUCCCUAACGAAGAAGAUUGCGAUGACGACUCAACUGAGGAUAGCUCUGACGAGUCUGGCAGCUCAACCAUGACUCCAGCAACAGCAGGUGGUGAUAAUGACGAUGACAGCACUAUGGGUACUGGUGCACAUGGCUCCGGUGCUUCUGACGCUGGCCAUGGUGGAGCUGGCAGUUCCUCAGAUGAAAUGGACUCAGGUGCCCCUAGUGCCGCUCUACCACUGACUCCAGGUUACACUGCCAUGGGCUCGCAAACUGCAUCCAUGCGUCCUACAUCUGUAUCCAGCCACAGCGGUAGACCCAUUAGUACUGGUAAGAAAAUUACAAUUGCUCAGCUUUCAAACAUUAGUAGUAGUCUUUUUAAGUUAUAUGUUGACAAUUCAGUCCUGACGACUGUCACUCUCUCUUCAUCAGUUUUCCCACCUAUUGCAAGUUCUGCUAAUAGCACUGACGGCAGCACAAGCGAUGCUGCAUCGUCCUCUGUUCAGAAGAUAUCUACUGUCAUGGCCGCUGCCGUCGCCGUUGCCGUCAUGAUGGCAAAUUAA